CUCACUUUAUCGUGCGGCAAGCGUCGCCUACAGGCCCUACGGCGCUUAGUCCUACACAAAGACAAGGAUCGAAUAGGCCAGAUACUGGUAGGGGAGCUGUGGCCAAAAGCUAAUUGAGACAGUGCGUCUGACAUGCUAUCGCGUCCCGUAUUUCAUUCUCAGUGGUCCGUUCAGCGGCGUGUUAAUAAUGCGACUUAACGUAAGAGAGCGUCAGGCUCGAUCUGGUGAUGUCUAAAAAAGAAGAGACAAAACCGAAGCGCUUUUGCUGGAGCUGGUGUGAGCGCAUGUUGACUUAGGUAGCCCCACUUAGACUAGUUGGAUGGAUAGCUUGUCUGACGAUUCAUUGGCGGGCAUUUCAAUAGAAUAUAUUGUGCUACUCCGGCUUGUCCAACUGCGAGUCAAACAGCUGGUUAGAAACAGGGGGUAUCCGGCGGCUUGUGAACCUGGACGCACGUCGUAUGCGCAAUAGAGUGCAAUUCUGACGGGGGAUCUAUGUGGUUGCUACACUUGACAAGCUCUGCAAGCUUAUCAAGAGAAAAAGAGAAAAGUACCAAAGAAGGCGUGCCUUGAAAAGGACCUUUCAUCGGGAUUGUAUCGCACAUGCUCAUCGAUAUCGUCAAAAGCAUAUCUGUUCACUUGUGGCAAUAGUCUUUGCUUGGUUCACCAAUUUGGUCCAAUUGAUGUUUGCUUUUUCUGAUGUUGUCUUAUGCUUGCCUCUUUAUUUUCCGUAAAAUAGUACUUAAUGUUGUCACUGAAAAGGAAUUGAUCGGAAUCUUAUCUUGCGAUAAAGUCAAUGGAUCGCAGGGAAGCAAUGUCAACAAUCUAGUUGAAUACGGUCCUUUAGUUUCCUAAUAAAAAGCACAUACAUUGGUCUAAUGAGAUGUGUGUCAGUAUAAAAAUGUUUCACCAUUAUUCACAGUUUACUGUGAUGUUCGUGAUGAACAGCAUCACUGCGGUUGUAAUCAAGAACUAGGAUCGGUUAGUGACGUGUAUAGCUUAUGUAUAUUAUAUAUUCAUACAGCGCAUCAAUGCAAAAAAGGCAAGUCUGAAAGACCCUUUGUUUAUAAUAUAAAAAUGCCUGACAAUUGGAAUAACAUAUGUCAGUAUUAUCCAGACAAGCUAGCUAGUCGUCAAUGCAUUUUUAUCUGAGCGUCCGGAUCUUUCUCUGCUCGAAUAACUGUUUGAUCCCGAUCGCUUCGCGCUACCUCAAAUUAUCCAACAGGACAUCGGUGUUUGUCGAUAAUCAACGUCGAACGCUUAAUUUGGUAAACGUAAAAAACAACAUCUAUACAAACACACGUAGAUCACCUGCUAAAUUAAACUAGCCGUAUUCGACAAUCGUCGCGAUCCUCUCUAAUCCUCUGAUUCGAAUGGCGACCUGAAACUACUGCAAUGACGCAGCCUUCACACGUGGCUAACUGCUCAGAGAUUCGCAGCUACGAUCAGAAUUUUGCCAGUCGAAAUUCUGACGACACGGGUUUAGAGAUCAGGUUGCUUCUUGUUAAGUCAUCUAGACCCUAAACGUUAGUUGGCGGCGCUUUAAAGUUUGUCGAACUUUCUGAGCCGAUAGCAAAGUUGAUUUUUUUUUAUUAGCAUUGUAUUUUGAGUCAACCAAAGUAAUAUACAACAUAAUAGAAUCGAACGAAAGAGCAUUAUCGCUAGAGCUGAAAGCGAAGGCUGCUCGCAGUUGUUCAGGUAAUGCUGAACCAUCAUUUCCACGGCUUCUACAAUGAGAAAAUGACUUUCCAAUACACCGUAUGCAUAUAUCCGGCAGGCGAUCGCGGUGUUGAUGUCGUUAACAGAUACAGUCACCUCGAUAUCAGUAAGCAGCGAUAGAAGUAAAUAAAACUUAUGAACGAUUAUCAUAGUGAUAUUACUAAUUGAUAUGAUAUGCGUCUAUGAACUUGGUAACCAUCAACGAGAAGUGCCUUUCGCGCGCAGUGUUCUACCUGUCACUUUACAUCUACAAUGGUUUGCUAAAUACAUUGGUUAAGCUACCAGUGUCUUAAACGCGUUUAAAAAGGCCACUAAAAUAGGUCCGUCCUAGCUCUUCCAUUGAGCGCACCGAACGACGAUACGAUUGACAGAUCAAAGACAAGCUAGACGGUGCGCUAGCUUUAUCUUGAAGACAAGGCUCAGAUUACAGUACAAGAGCACUUGUACAUACAGCAUAUUGGUAAUCAGUCAUAGCGCAAUAGAUCGACAGGACAAACCCACUCUGGUGAACAGUUCACCACAUCUCUUACCCGCUCUGAGAUGCUCGACGUGGCUCUGGGUCGCAGCAGUAAAAAAGGCGCGAACAUUCAAGAUAAAAGAAGCGUUUUUUCACAGCAAAAAAAAGUACCCGCUUUACCGUAGAUGCGAUCGAUCGCCGAUUUUUGUACAUCAUGAUAACGAUUACACAACAGGGGUCCCUAGUCUUGCUUUAGAGUCCGUAGUGUGCUCGCUUUCGAAUCCGUUUCAGAAUACUUGUUAUUCGACGGCGCGUACGACACGCAAACGAGCCCCGAUCUCGCUGUGUCUCUUUUACGAACUAACAGAAUGGAAAGAUCAUGACAGCGCUGAAUCUGUUUUCGCAUUCACGCUGAUGGGGCAAUGACAGAAAAGUCGAAAGAGGGCCAAACAGGAAGGUGGGCGAGCGAGCGAGCGAGCGAGCGAGCGAGUACCAGUGAGAAAGAACGAGAGACCCCUGCGCGAUAAGGAGGGUGACAGCAAACAACAUGUUGACGCUUUCGGUGCAUGUGAGCACUGCUUGGUGCACAUUGUGCUUAUCUUUAUGAUAAGCACCUGGAGAGUAAAUAGUGUAUUAGUCAAAUAGACGAUGACGAUGUGUGGCUUCUGGGCCUCAGCAUGGCUUUGUGCAUGAGCUGGGCCGACUCAUAACCAAAUGUUUCCGACAGAGUCUGAAGGUCAAAGAGCGAAAAAGCUCCUGGACUCAUUUCUGCAUGCCCUGUGUGUAUGACGGAAUCGUUGUCUAUAGCCUAUGGAUGUAAUCAUAUUGUGUGUAUCAUUAUCAUACUCUAUUGUGGAGUGGGACACUAAGCGGCAGAAAAAAUGUAAAAAAAAAUUCAAGUCAUGUACUGCACGGUUUAUUGCGAGCACCGCAAAAACGUUUACCUUAUUGUUUACAAAAAUCUUCUGACUAUUUAAUGAACAACGAAAUAUUGCUUAAGGUCAAACUUACCGACAGUUCGUGCACACUCGUACCGAUCGUGCCGUACCCAUAAAAAAAAACCAUCAAUUUUUUUACCAAAGUUUUUUUAAUCAAAGCCAGAUUUCCGAUAGCGUUUUAGCUAUGUGAAGUCCGAUAAUAACAUUUAAAUAUGUGAACAUCUACUUCACGAGCGGUCAAAUUGACCCCCCAGUGCUAAUUUUGCUGUCUCUCAGACACUCACAUUUUAUUUAUUUUUAAGGUAUAAAAUAGUAAGAGAGAUAAUUUGGUGAUUUUGUUCGCAACCAAAUUUGCAUCCGGUCUUCAGUAACAUCUUUUUAUUUUUAAUGAUGUGUCUCUCGUCGUCUAUCACAACUUCUACUUAGAGACGUUCUUUUAUUGCGUAUAUGUAUCUCCACUGCAUUAGAAAACUGGGAACUUCUGUCACGCUCAUCAUGUAUGGCCAUAUACUAUUAACGAGGUGUAAUCGAUCUUUCCAACGAAGGGUGGCAUCGUUAAGUCGUCCUGUUUUUUGUUGGCGUUUUGCCAUCGGCAAAGCUUGUCCUGCCACAUAAAGUGUUCAAUGGGUACGCUUUCUCAAAUUGCCUGUAUCAUCUUCAUGACCAUAUUAUAGAUUGUGUUCUACUCGACGUGCGCUAUUAGCUUUGGCUAGGAAAUGUGAGCCGGCACGUUUUGAAUCAGCUAUUUCACACUGGUGUAUCCGAUGUGCUAUCGAUGUUUGCAUAGCAGACGGAACCCGUAUAGGUGGUCAUAGUAAAAUGUCGAUACUAUCGUCGGCUUUUUCUUUACGGCCUUUUCGCGCAGCGUUAAUUGUGCACCAUAUUGCAACAGUUUGCGCCCACUCGAAAUUCGUUGCCAUCCAUUUGCAUGCCGGUCAUAUAUCAAUAUUGGAACGAGAUCAUAUUUGCCUACGGCUCCUUGAUCGCGCCUGAUCGGAGUUCGUGUCUAUUUGGCACUUGUUCGAGAAACGAGAUCUAUUGAAUCGAAUUAAAGUCUGCCGCUCAAUCGAUCAGUCAACCGGUCGAAACUCCCUGUGUAUGUAUACACAGUUUACGCUCCUGUUUGUGUGUGCGUGUACGUAUCCAUCUAUGAACACUGUGCUUACUGUGGCGUCGCUCAUUGGACGCCACUCGUUUUGUUGCCGCGGCAUUGUGUACGGCUGACGCCUAGGCGCGCAUUGUGCGAGGCUAGAAUGCAUUGAGGCAUUCUUAACUACUUACAAUUUGUGUGUUUAUGUGUGCCUUCAUACUGUUGUCUAUAGCUACCAGCUUGUAAUGACCUUCCGUUAAUCUAAAUGAGAUAUAUAGUUUAGGCCUUCUGCGUUCAGCGCGCCGGAGUGGGAUCGGUCCUUCUAUCUCCUGGUCGGAUUCGUCAUCUACAGCGUCUUUAUUGUAUAAUGCUAUCUUCAUAGGCGUUGUGUUAGACAUAUGCACUAUUUCUACUGUAACGGCUUCCAGGUACUUGUAUAAGUAGCGUUUCUAUGGUAGUACUUAAAUCUCGUCGCCUUUGUUGCUGUCACCGUAAUCUUCUUCAUCUUAAAGCGCCCCUUAAUACCCUCUAGCAGGCUGAACAGGGACGGGCCAUUAAUUGGCUAGUGGAUUCAUUAGGUGCUGCAGUAAAGAUGCGACAAGGUAUUGCUUCCAUUUGGCAUCUAAGUCGAAGCCCUUGCCAUCAGGUAUUUUCCCGCAAACCUCGCCCCCCGGUAUCGCUCUAACAAACUGCUAUCGGUCGGCUAUCAUCAACAUGUGUGAGAGAGACGUAAAGAAUCUUUGUGUAUUCGUACAUGUAUGUGCCUACGUGGCUGUAGGUGUUUAGGUGGUUUUUCAAGCUCGUCGAAAUGUUAGUGCCGCUUCAUUUCCUCAUAUCGUCAUCAUAAGCACUGUACAUAUAUAUGUAUAUGGUUUGAGCUUAUGAAUUGGUAUCGGUUGCUUAAGCCGCAGAUGCCGCUAUAACAGCGGGAGAGGCAAGAACGUAGAGCUGGGGACAAAGAACAAGGGUGGAUAGAGAAAUAAUCGUCGCGGGAGAAUUGCUUGGGCAAGAAACCCGAGUGAUUCGUAAAAAAGGAAAACUUAACAUUCGUACAGGUUCGCUCAUUAGACUGUUGGUAUUUUCUUGAUAGUUCUACAUUAUCCCACUCAUUGGCUUGACAUAGUCUCCUCCAUUGUUGUCAUGUGAUUGCGAUUCGGCUAUAAUCGACAGACAAUGUGGUUGCUAUUUACCCAAUGGAGUCGAUCCAGUUCAGCCAGAAUUAACCGCUUUUUUCAAUCGGUGACUUGUUUUAGUCUUCGUCAAUUAACGUAAAUUAGAAGUGCCCGUAAUUGCAAUGUUUAGCCGUUACUACCUAAGAUAAUGCAAUAGAUCAAUGCUUGCGUGUGUGUGUGUGUGUGUGUCUGAUGUCCGUCUGUGGCCAUUGGUCAUUGCAUUGUACAUUGAAGAACCUAAGCCACCAACCGGAUUAGUCUCGUCCAUGCAUCAGCGUCAGGGUACAGCACGACCUAAGGCCACGACUGACAAGGAGAGGUGAACCAGGCGACGGAGACUGGUAUUAUGUCCUCUCGUUCCCCACCAUGCGAUUACAAUGAUUAUCUCGCUUGGUUAACUGUAGGCGGCCGUUCACCGAGCAAUCAGCGUGUGCAAUAGAUACAUUGAAUCAUCGGCUUUGUGCGUUGAGAGUGCGUCGUUUCUAUGUCCCGUCGCCAUGUGCAUAGGUGUUGAGAACCGCGCAAGCGAUGGUACGAUCGAGCACGAGUCAACAAAUAAUUAUAAGGGUUGCUGUUGCAUUGCGUACAACAGCUGGCAUUAAGCCCCCAGCAGCAGCAACAGCUGCUUUAACGAGACCAACGGCCAGACGCCGACUGAAGUGGGCGUUUAAAUUAGGCCGUAGAAAAUUCAUUGUGAUCUCCUUGCAAGGGUGCAUUCCGUUUUCAUCCUUCCGGAAAGGAAAUAACGCAAUUGUGAAGGAGACCGACUUGACCUACUCGUCAACUUGUGAGAUCGUGUUGGUUGCACUCAACGAUUUCGCUCAAACGAUUCAAGCGCUCACAAAACAUUUAACAGUGAGGAAAGUACCCCGAGACAGUUCCGUGUGGUGAUUUUCGCAUCCUCGAUCCCCACCCCUUGAGUAGUGUCCCAUUGCGUCUGUCAUUGUUAUCAUUGCCACCGUUGCGUGACUCACCAUCUCAGUGUGUGUUUGUAUGUGUGCGUGUGUAUAUAUAUAUCGCUCUCAGACAGUGUUGUGACUCGUCGCUCGGGCUUGCCGAUUGUGUGGGCUGUGUUCUGGCUUUUCGUAGAGUCCGCCACUGGCGUGGUGUAUCUUCCUGCUCUUCGGCUGGCAGUAUCUUCUUCUUCCGAUUUCAUCGAUAUUGUUCGGAGCGUGAGUCCAGCUAUGAGUACCGCCCAGGCCAUCGCCGACAGCGUGCCCUGCCAGCUGGCAAGACUCGAUACAUUAGCGACUACCCUUCUGCCGCCCGAAGGCUCAGCCUCGGCCACUUCUACCGAGCCUGAAAAACAAAAAGGAGACAGGGAGGAGAUGAACUCUCCAGUUCAGCACCAGGAGGCUGCGCAACCACAGCCAGACGCCGAUGCCAUCAAGAUGUUUGUCGGCCAAAUCCCGCGCAGCUGGGAUGAAAAUGAGUUACGUAACCUGUUCGAAGAUUUCGGGAAGGUACAUUCGAUCAACGUACUACGGGACAAGGCGACAGGUAACAGCCGAGGCUGUUGUUUCGUGACGUUCUACACGCGCAAAGCUGCUCUCGACGCCCAGAACGAAAUGCACAACAUCAAAACACUGCCUGGCAUGCACCACCCGAUACAGAUGAAGCCUGCAGACUCUGAGAACCGAAACGAGCGCAAGCUGUUUAUAGGUAUGCUAUCAAAGGAGUGCGGUGAGGCCGAGGUUCGCAUGAUGUUCUCUUCCUUUGGCACGAUUGAGGAGUGUACAGUACUACGGGACAGUCAAUCCCAAUCGAAGGGGUGCGCAUUCGUUACGUACUCGACGCGUCAAUGCGCGAUUAACGCCAUCAAAGCAAUGAACCAUUCGCAAACAAUGAAGGGAUGCAGCAAUCCGCUCGUCGUAAAAUUCGCCGACACCCAAAAGGAGAAGGAUCAAAAGAAACAGCAGCAAAUGAUCAAUAGCUUAUGGAAUAUGGCGAACAUUGUCAACCUCUCGGCCGCUGCUCCAGCGGCGCAUCAGCCACCAGCAACUGCCUACAUGCCCCAGAAUAGCUUUGGCGGUUUCGCGCAGGCCACAGCUGUACCGAACAUUGCCCAGCUGGCAACGCUCGUUGCGGCUAACGGAGGAACUGGGGUUUCCGGUGUAAGUCAAUACUCGACCACGUCGCCCCAGCCAGCUUCAGUGGUAUCGAUAGCGGGGCAUCCGGCUGCAACAGCGGCGGUCACCGCCAGUCCAGCCGGUGGAGAUGUUAACACAGCUGCCAACCUUCAAUCAAUCGCCGCAUUAGCACAACUCGCUAACAGCCCAGCGGCUCAAACCGGUGGAGGCUUGAACCAGGUCGUUAUGCAGAAUCUAGCCUCAGCUCUUGCUUCUGCCGCAGCCCAAACGAAUGGGUCUUCAUCAGGGAAUUCUUCCCUCUCCGGAGUAUCUUCUUUGAGUCCGGUGUCAUUAAAUUCGCUCGCUAACGGCAUGGCGAACCAUCACCAAGAUUUGGCUCAAACGUACCACCCCGCCACAGCAGUACCAGCUGCCUCAUUUGUAAACCUGGCCAUCCAAAACCCAGCCGGAAAGCAGGUCGAGGGGCCCGAUGGCGCCAAUCUCUUCAUUUAUCAUUUACCACAAGAAUUUGGCGACAUGGACCUCGUGCAAACGUUCUUGCCUUUCGGACAGGUAAUUUCGGCUAAGGUUUUCAUCGACAAGCAGACCAAUCUGUCCAAGUGUUUUGGCUUCGUUUCCUAUGCCACACCUAUCAGUGCCCAGGCAGCUAUUCAGUCGAUGAACGGUUUCCAGAUCGGAGCAAAACGUCUCAAAGUGCAACUGAAACGCUCCAAAGAUCAGGCGGGCACACCAUAUUAGCGCAACGUGGUCCUGUCAAUGAUGCCCGUCUUGUCACGGAACGUUUAAAAAGAAGGAUGCCUGACCGCAUACACUUGAGAGAGGCAAGACAAACUAAUUACAUUAAAUAAACAAAAACACCCACCCCUGAGCAGUAGGUAAACAAGGAAACGACAAAUCUUACCUUAGGCUACCUUUUUGUGGCUUCAUGUUUUCUUGUGUUGAAAAAGUCGUCGAGUGGCGCCUGAAACCGGAUUGUGGCUGAACAGCCUCGAGGGCUACGGGCUGUAAACGUUAGGUCAGGCCGUCUGAAAUGUCCCUGGAGUCUGGAACGAUUAUGAAACAUUAUCGUUCAGGUGACCCUACUGAGGCAUCCGUAAAAAAAAGUAUUCGCAACGGACAAAUAGGAAAACUUCGGGAAGUGUGUAGAAGUUUAUGAACGGUUACGGCCUGUCUAAAUAGAAAGAAGCGUUAUUUUUGUCCUAAACAUGUAAUCGAUUAAGUGUAAAGGUAGAAGAUAUUAUUAGCUAAAACAAAACUGUUCGAAGGACCGACAAGCUCGUCAAAGCUGGAUAAUUUGAUGUCAAGCAGCAAGGCCGAUAUGUCGAAUAGAGUGAAGGCCAAAUGCAUGACCCUGUGAUGGACAAUCUGCAAUGUGUAUAGAAGAGAAUAACUGAAAGGGAGAUAAGUGGCUAAAAUAUAUAUAUAUAUAUAUAUAUUAUUUGAUCACCGUGUGACACAUGAAAAGCCUGAAACUACAUACGCGCGUGCAUAGCCAGAUAGCAUUUAGAUAUAUCUAUGUGCGUGCUGAUACACGCCGUAAGGGCAACCGUGAAUAGCUGAAUUCGUCUGAACAAUGCGAUUGCGAGAGAUCUGAUAAUUGGGAUCGAUUGCGUGGUUGAUUAGUUACAAAAUAAGAAGACUUGUAUCUGUACCGAAUAUUCAUGGAAACAGUGGUAAACACGAAUGUAACGUAUGGAGGCUAUGAGUAUGCUAUGUUGAGCAACUGAGUGAUUGGCAGAGUGCGUAGGCACUGAAAGGGCGAAUGGAGAUUUCAAAGGAUAUCAAUGCUGAUGAUGAUCCGAUAGUAACUCGUCAUGGUUAUCGGGCGACUCCAGGCAACUAAAGCCUCCAGUACUGCCUUAUUGCUGAGGGAAGGUACUUAAGGUUUGGUAAAAAAAAAAAAGCAUAGUCUUUCAUACAUAGACGUACAGACAGCCUCGUUGGCACAUUCAAAAUGGUUGCAUUGUCUGCGAAAACCAAGUUAACAGAGUCGUUUAAAAAUAAGGCUGAAAUCCACUUAGAAAUAAAUCCUGCGGUUUAAGCAGAGGGUAUUUCUACACGAAGACGCAACACAGUCACGAAAUAAAUAGGACAGAUACAAUGACAUUGAACAACGACCAGCUAAAACGUGGUUUCUAUCAAAAUACCAAGAGAUCGGAAAUAGACCCGGCAAAGAAAUUAUAGAAAUGUCUAUAUAUAAUCUAAAUUUACAGUCACCUGGUUUCACAUGUAGAUUCGAUACUAGCAUCGAACCCGAAUACAUACAUAGUUAAUAGAUGCUCCUGAUAAAAAAACAAGGUAUGCCUUGUUAUUUCGCUGUAGUCGCGACUCUAUGAAUAUUGCUAUAAUAAUACACAAAUAUAAGUAUAACGAGUAUAAAAUAUUAAUAGUAAAUAACAUCUACUAUAAUGCUCAAAGGUAAUAUAUUUAUCUAUAAGAAUAUACAUAUAUAUAUAUAUAUAUAUAUAUAUAUGGAGAGCAAACUAAAAAGGAGAACGCUGAAGGAUUAAGCAGAAACAAAUAGAAGAGACUUGUUGAUGUACUGAUAUUACGUAGACGCGUAUGCGGUAUGUAAGAAGUGAACUCGACCGUAAUAGAAACUAACAUAGCACAAAUCGACUUAACAACGAAAUAAAAAGCACUAAAAUUCCCGAAGUUUUUCUUGAGCCGGUGGCAACGAAAGCAGACGUGAAACACACAAGAGGGGCGUAAAGCCUUCAUCCAAGCUGCAAAGGAAAAUCGUAAUGACCAAGUGUGCUAGUUCCAUAGACAGGGACGAGAUUUUUACAUUGAAUAUAUUAGGUAUGACAGAGUACUGUAAAUGAUAAAUAUGCAGAUGCGAUACCGUAAUUAAUGAAGGAAAAACGCAGAGCAGUCCAGAAACGAGACACAGUAGAUGUUACGAUAUGACAACGCGCAACAAAACUCGAUAAAGCAUUUUUUUUUUUCUUUUAUUAGACUUGAGACAAACCUUAGUAGUCAUCGAGAGAAUGAACAAAUAGAAAACGACUUCAACGAUACAGAAGAUGGUAUUCGCUUCAUCAGUUUCUGCUGAAAGUGAGAUCCGCUCAGGAUUUCGUCGCAGCUAACACACCGUACAUUAGAUAGAGCACAAUUACUACUAAUUAGAGACAACAGCAGUAAUAACUGCUACUAUUACAACAAAAUAUAACUAUUCCGAUAAUACAGUAACCGAGCAGUAAUAACUACCCGAAACUCCUCGAGUCCCUCCUCGCUCCCGCCUGGCCAAGUUCGCAAUUCCCGCAGCAGAAAUUCGUCACACAUCUGGA